UGGUAUUCCUGUGGUUUUGGAUCACCACAACGCUGGGGGACUGGCGGGAUCGUCACAGGCGCCAUCUUGGAUAUCGAAAAUCAUUGGAGAAAAGACCUUCAGAAAUCUGCUUCCAUCCUACUCGAUUGAUCAGCCACCAUGACUGACUCCAAAUAUUUCACAACCACCAAGAAAGGUGAGAUAUUUGAGCUCAAGGCUGAGCUAAACAGUGACAAGAAAGAUCGCAAAAAGGAGGCAGUGAAGAAAGUCAUCGCCAGCAUGACGGUAGGCAAGGAUGUCAGCUCCUUGUUCCCUGAUGUGGUGAACUGCAUGCAGACGGACAACCUUGAGUUGAAGAAGCUGGUCUAUCUUUACUUGAUGAAUUAUGCCAAGUCCCAGCCUGACAUGGCUAUCAUGGCGGUCAACACCUUUGUCAAGGACUGUGAGGACCCUAACCCCUUGAUCAGAGCCCUGGCUGUACGUACAAUGGGAUGCAUUAGAGUAGACAAGAUCACAGAAUACCUGUGUGAGCCUCUGAGAAAGUGUCUGAAGGAUGAAGACCCCUAUGUGCGUAAAACAGCGGCUGUUUGUGUUGCCAAGCUUCAUGAUAUCAAUGCCCAGCUGGUAGAGGACCAGGGUUUCCUGGACUCUCUAAAGGAACUUCUUUCAGAUUCCAAUCCCAUGGUUGUAGCUAAUGCGAUGGCAGCACUGUCUGAGAUCAAUGAUGCAUCACCCACGGCUGCAGCCAUGAUGGAGAUGAACUCCCAAACCAUCAACAAGCUUCUGACCGCUCUAAAUGAAUGCACUGAGUGGGGCCAGAUUUUCAUCCUAGACUCUCUAGCCCAGUACACGCCCAAAGAUGAGCGUGAGGCUCAGAGCAUCUGUGAGCGUGUCACCCCAAGGCUGUCGCAUGCUAAUGCUGCGGUGGUGCUCUCCGCAAUCAAGGUUUUGAUGAAGUACAUGGAGAUGAUGACUCCAAGCACAGGCUUUGUGCAGAACAUCCUCAAGAAGCUUGCCCCACCCUUAGUAACGCUUCUCUCAAGCGAACCGGAAGUGCAGUAUGUGGCUUUGAGGAACAUUAAUCUUAUUGUUCAGAAGAGGCCUGAAAUCCUCAAGAAUGAGAUGAAAGUGUUCUUUGUCAAGUACAAUGACCCAAUCUAUGUAAAGCUGGAGAAGCUAGAUAUCAUGAUACGCCUUGCAAACGAGUUGAACAUUGCGCAGGUUCUCGCAGAACUCAAGGAGUAUGCAACUGAAGUUGAUGUGGACUUUGUGAGGAAGUCUGUUCGGGCUAUCGGCAGAUGUGCCAUUAAAGUCGAGCAAUCAGCAGAAAGAUGUGUCAGUACUCUGUUAGAUCUCAUCCAAACCAAGGUCAACUAUGUCGUACAAGAGGCUAUUGUCGUCAUCAAGGACAUAUUCCGCAAAUACCCUAACAAGUAUGAGAGCAUCAUCUCCACCCUCUGCGAGAACCUUGACUCCCUGGAUGAGCCUGAGGCAAGGGCAUCCAUGAUCUGGAUUAUUGGCGAGUAUGCUGAGCGUAUUGACAAUGCCGCUGAGCUAUUGGAGUCUUUCCUGGAGGGCUUCCAGGAUGAAAACACACAGGUCCAGCUACAGCUUCUGACCUCCAUAGUCAAGCUGUUCCUAAAGCGUCCGACCGACACCCAGGAACUUGUUCAACAGGUGCUCAGCCUUGCCACCCAGGAUAGUGACAACCCUGACCUGCGGGACAGAGGUUACAUAUACUGGAGACUGCUCUCAACUGACCCUGUGGCUGCCAAGGAGGUUGUCCUGGCGGAGAAGCCCCUCAUCUCGGAGGAGACUGACCUGCUUGAACCAACUCUGCUGGAUGAGCUUAUCUGCAACAUCUCCACACUGGCAUCUGUGUACCACAAGCCACCCAGCUCCUUUGUAGAGGGCCGCACUGCUGCUCGCAGGUUUACCUUGCCCCCUAGGGCAGAACCAUCUCCAGGUGCUGAGACUGCUGAGCCAAUCUCUCCCAGUGUCCAGGCCGCCGUCCAUGCUGCAGCACCUACACCAGCUGCUGCCCCACCUGCCAUGGCACCAGCCAACGAUCUGCUAGGCGACUUGCUGUCCGACAUACCUGCAGCCCAACCUGCUGCACCCCCAGUGGCUGCUGCACCAGUUGGUGGGGGUGUGAUGGAUCUGCUGGGAGAGGAUCUGAGUGGACUGCAUCUGGGAGGCCCCGCCCAGCAGUCAGCUCCUGCCCCUGGGGGUAUGGGUGACCUUUUCAGCCUUGCAGCAGCACCUGAGUUUUCAGGAGGGAUGUAUUCCGCACCCAAACAGGUGUGGCUUCCAGCUAGUAAAGGCAAAGGACUUGAGGUCCAUGGUACCUUUGCUCAACGCCAAGGACAGAUCUAUAUGGAUCUCACUGUGUACAACCGAGCCAUGCAAGCGAUGAGUGGCUUUGCCAUACAGUUCAACAAAAAUAGCUUCGGCCUUGCCCCUGCCAGUCAGCUUAACCUACCUACACCUCUUCCACCAAAUCAGUCAGCAGAGACGUCCCUCCCACUCAAUACAACUGGCCCCGUUCAACGCAUGGACCCCCUCACUAACCUGCAAGUGGCGAUGAAGAAUCAUCUUGACAUCUUCUACUUUAGUACCAUGGUGCCUGUGAAUGUGCUUGUCUCAAACGCCGGCAACAUGGAUCGCAAGGUGUUUUUGGCCACGUGGAAAGACAUCCCUGUCGAAAACGAGAGGCAGACGCAAAUUAAUGAUGUCAACAUGAACUCCGAAACCGCACGUGACAAAUUGAACAACAACAACAUCUUUACGGUGGCCAAACGCACGGUCGAGGGCCAAGACAUGCUCUACCAGUCCCUCUUGUUCUGCAAUGGUAUCUGGGUGUUGGCAGAGCUCAAGAUGAUUCCGGGAAACCCGGUUGUCCAGCUGUCGGUGAAAACGCGAGCGAUGGAUGUGGUCCCACACGUGCAGAUGAUGUAUGAAACUCUGCUGCACAACUGAAUAUCGCGUGUGGCUUAGAUAAAACAACCAGCCAACUGGACAGAAUUGGAAGAAACAGAACGAGAUUUAGAUCGACCAGGUCCUAGUUAUGAAGUCGAAGUCCGCCCUAUAAUUCAAAUCUACUAGAAUUUUCAUUUAUCAUAGCUUAGUCGAACACUUAAUAAAAAAAAUUACUUGCAGGUA